GUCAGUCCACCACACCUUCCUCCUCCUCCUCCUCCUCCUCCUCCUCCUCUUUCAAGUUCUCGGUCAGUAGCUCUGCAGCUCGUUCAGGACGUUCAGGACACGCACGAGCUCAAUGCGCCUCACCUGUUUGGACACCGGGCUGGUCUGAAGGAAUCCGCGGUUGGGUUGGGUUCGGUUCGGGGAGUGUCACUCUAAUCCUGACAGGUGUUCGGCAGGACACGCACGCGCCCAGCUCACAGAGACAGGAGGAAUCAUGUCCAACGGGAAGAGCUCACCUGGGACAUCAAACUCCACACAGAUGUCCUUGCGAGUGUGUCUCGAGGAGUGUAUGGAGGCCUUGGAUCUGUUCCUCAAUAACCACUUCAAUGAGAGUCUGGACAAACUGCAGCCACGGUCUAAAGAGAGCAUGUAUCACGCUCUGAUCUACGCUACAGUGUUAGAAAUGCAGGCCAUGAUGACCUUCCAGCACGAGGACAUCGCCAGCGCUGGAAACACCAUGAAGAGCGCUCAGGAGGUGUGCCAGAGGUUUCGUAAGAGGUCUGGUAGUCUGGCGAGCAGAGCAGCAGGAGAUGAUCUGACUGAAGAGGAGCUCCAUGCUGAGGCGUGUUAUGCCGAGUGUUUGCUACAAAGAGCCGCUCUCACAUUUUUACAGGAUGAAAACAUGGUGAGUUUCAUCAAAGGAGGACUCAAAGUGCGCAACAGCUACCUCAUAUACAAGGAGCUCCACUCCUUCAUCGAGUCUCACAGCUCUUUUAAAGGGCCAAACCACAAGCACCUGGAAGGAGGGGUGGCGUUCGGAAUCGGUGCCUUCAACUUGACACUUUCUCUGUUUCCUGCUCGGAUACUGAAGGUUUUGGAGUUUGCAGGGUUUUCUGGGGAUAAGGAAUAUGGUCUUUCUAAGCUGUCUGAAGGAGCCACGUCUCAUAACCUGCGCUCUAUGCUGUGUUCUUUGCUGCUGCUCUGCUAUUACACCUUCCUCUCCUUUAUUUUAGGGACAGGUGAGGGGGAUGUAGCCGACGCUGAGAAACUGCUCAAGCCUUUUCAGCAGCGGUACCCACGCGGGGCUAUUUUCCUGUUCUUCGCAGGCAGAGUGGAGGAGAUAAAGGGAAAUGUUGAUGAGGCGGUGGCGCUGUUCGAGGACGGCUGCAAGGCACAGCAGGCCUGGAAGCAGUUCCACCACAUGUGCUACUGGGAGCUGAUGUGGUGCUUCACCUACAAGAGACACUGGAAGAUGGCCUACUUUUACGCCGACCUGCUCAGCCAGGAGAGCCGCUGGUCCAAGGCUAUGUAUGUGUAUAUGAAGGCUGCUUGUCUCAGUAUGCUGCCGGAGGGGGAGGCGAGGCCGUUUGGGGAGAACGAGGUGGAACUUUUCAGACAGGUGCCAGCCUUCAAACAGAAGAUAGCAGGGAAGUCUCCGCCCACAGAGAAGUUUGCCAUCCGCAAAGCUCGACGGUACAAAGCCAGCAACCCAGUGCGACUCCCCGUACCUGUUCUUGAGAUGAUGUAUAUGUGGAACGGGUUCUCCAUGAUCAGCAAGCGGCCGGAGCUGACGGAGGGCAUGCUGGAAACACUGCUGGAGGCAGAGCGCACUCUGGAGGCUACUCCUGGGAAUGAGUACUCUGUGGACGACAGCUGCUUGAUUCUGCUGCUGAAAGGACUGUGUCUGAAGAACCAGAGCCGCAUGCAGGCUGCUGAGGAAUGCUUCAACAAGGUUUACAGCAGUGAGAAGAAGCUGAAGUUUGAUCACUACCUGAUCCCGAACUCUCUGCUGGAGCUGGGGCUGCUCUAUAUUGAUACAGGAAGGAGAGAACAGGCCAUCAAAAUACUGCAGAAAGCCAAGAAUAACUACAAGGAGUACUCUAUGGAGUCCCGCACCAUGUUCAGGAUCCACGCUGCCCUGUCCAAACUGAAGGCCGACACAAGCGACCAAGACGAGAUAACGGUCCUAUAACAGCAGCCCGGCUGCAGCGCCACCUUCAGGACUGACCCUUUAACUGAACUAUGAUACAGUACCAAAGACACUGGUGCCCCACCCAGUAUCCACCCCCUCGGUACGACCCAGCGGGGUUAUAAACGACGGGUACUGGACCACCUCAGCCUGAAUUACAGGACGUUUAUUUUUUUUUUUUUGUAAUCUACUAUAUACUAAAUACUGCUGUAUUUUAAUGGUAAUUGUACACAGAAGAGCUAUGUGCCAGUCAGAUGAAAGAUAAAACUUUUAUAAAAUGAGUAUUACAUAGUUUGGGUAUCUAUCUUCCUGAAGCUCAUUCAGGUUGUUUAGAUAGAAGUGAUUUUAUAGUCUUUUUCAAAUUACACACAUUUUUAUUUAAUUUUUUUUGGUUUGUGAAAGUGGCCAUUUUUGUUUGAUUUAAAGUUAAAAAUGUAAAAAAAAGAUUUUGACAGUACAUUCACGGGUGGUAGAUAAUAGAAACAUUAAUAUAUAUAUAUAAAAAAAUGGGGUAAUCUUUUAAUAGAUUGCAUUAAAUUUCACAGUAUACACUGACAUGCCACUGACAAGUCAUGGGACAGCAGUAGGUGAAGAAGAGUGUAUUAUAUUAUUUUAUUAUUUCCCAAACUAUAAUUAUUUAAAAUGCUGUUGUAUUUAAAAGGGUAGAAUUGCUUUGUUAUGCUGUUCUAUUAUCAUAAUGUCAGUGGAAUUUACAUGGUCUUAAAAUUACAAUAUUAAACAGUAUGAUCAGGAGAUUGCUGGUUUGAGUUGGGUUGGGUAAUUGGCCUUGUAAAUUGGGGAGAAAAUGGGAUUAAAAAUGAAAAACAUUUUUAAUUUCUGGGAUGAUUUCUUGGUAUCGUGACAGGCCAAUGCGCUUGUGGACAUCCACAUUUAAUGUGAAAGACCACACACUCAAAGACCACAGGCCAGUGCAGCGUUCAUUAUCUCCCAUUGGACAUGGCAAAAGUCAUGGGACACACACAAUACUGUGUCCUGUACCAUGUGUAUCAUGUCACAUUCAUUCACCACAUCAACAUAUUAGAGAUUGAUUAUAAAUCCACUUGAAAAUGAAAAUAUUGAAAGACCUGGUGAUUAUUAUAGAUGCAAACCAUUUUUUAAGUCUUAAAACAGAUGUUUAAGUAAUGUUUUGGGUUUGUCUAUCUGAAUACUGUCUAGAUAUCAACUCCUCUAUUGUACCAGUAAAGACCAAAGUGCUCCAGUUCUUUAAUAGAAGCUCAUACCUCACACUGGCAUUUCCAUUGCCAUUACUGACAGAUGGAUAUGCCAUAUUACAGACAGUACAGACUGUCUUUAUCACUGUGUAUAAUGAAAUUUUGGAAAGUUUUGGAAAACUGACAGUGUUGCACCAAACGAUUGGCAUGUUGUAUAAAGAAUAAUUUGAAAUAUCUGAUUGAAUGAAGAUUGUAUAAAGUGAUGGGUUUGUUUCAGCGUCAUUGUCUCUGUUUAAAACAUUGUCAGAAGUUUGCUAAGCCAUGCACACAUACAAAUGUGAAUACCGUAAUUGUAGUUUACUUUGCAUAACAAUACACACUAAUAUUUGGUUGGGCCGCCAUUAGCUUUGACUGCAGCAUGCAUUUUCUGUGGCAUUGUUUCACUAAGCUUCUGUAGUGUCACAAGAUUUAUUAUUUCAAUCCAGUGUUGCUGGAUUAAUUUUUCACCAAGAUCUUGCAGCAGCAUUGAUGAUGGUAGAGUCUGACCAACCGCUGCACAAAGCAGCUCUUCUCCAUCCAGCACAUCCCAAAGAUUCUCACUGAGGUUAAGAUCUGGACUCUGUGGUGAACUCUCUCUCAAUCCAUGUGUGAAAAUGAUGAUCUCAUGCUCCCUGAACCCUGAACUCUUUCACAAUUCCAUCACCAUGAAUCCUGACAUUCUCGUCAUCUUGGAAUAUGGCUGUGUCAUCAAGGAAGAAAAAAUAAAUCCAUUGAUGGAAUAAUCUGGUCUAUAUUCAGUAUA